AUGCCUGCAACUGCCGUACCUCCAAACGGUGAUCACGAGCUGAUCUCAGGGGCCAAGCUCGAUACCCUGCCCCGUUUCCACGCGGACCAUGCCGGUAUACCCUGUAGCCCGCUCGAAAAGCAAUUGGUACUUAUCAUUGAGGUAUCUGGAGCGUUUCUCGUUCGUUUCAUCCAACCUGAGAUCGUCCUUUCGAUAUAG